AUGUUCUCCGUUCGCGUCGCCCGUGCCGGCCUCCGUGCCACCGCCCAGCAGUUCUCCGUGCCUCGCACUGCCGCCGUCAACGGUCUGAGGACCUAUGCCACCCCGGCCCAGGAUGUCAAGCCUCCUGUCUCCCUGUUCGGUGUUGACGGCACCUAUGCCACCGCUCUGUUCACUGCCUCUGCCAAGUCCGCCAGCCUCGACCAGACCUCCAAGGCUCUCGCCAGCCUCGGUCAGACCCUCAAGGCCGACCGCAAGCUGACCACCAUCCUCUCCGCCCCUACCCUCACUGUCGCCGACAAGCAGCAGAUCGUCCAGGAGCUGCAGAAGGUUGCCGGUGCCGACAAGGGCGACAUCCUCAAGAACUUCCUCGCUACUCUGGCUGAGAACAACCGUCUCGGUCUCCUCGAGGGUAUCUGCGACAAGUUCUCCACCCUCAUGGGUGCUCACCGUGGUGAGAUUGAGCUGAACAUCACCAGUGCUCAGGAGCUCGACACCAAGACUGUCAACCGUCUCGAGAAGGCCGUUUCCAAGUCCGAGUUCAGCCAGGGCAAGAAGCUCAAGGUUGUCACCAAGGUCGACCCCGAGCUCGUCGGCGGUCUGGUUGUUGAGAUCGGUGACCGCACCAUCGACCUCAGCGUUUCCUCCAAGAUUGCCAAGCUCAACAAGGCCCUCACCGACGCUUUGUAA